UGUUCACAUCCUCUCACACCUCCUGCCGAACCGAAACCUCACGAAAGAACAGAUGAUCGGCUCUCUGUCUCGUGUCUCCUGCAUUCGAAUGACGUAGUGUGAUGCGGGUGUGUUUCUCAUGUGAAGGGUCUUCUCUUCUCCACCUCUCACUGAGCUUCAGCCGGUUCUGCUGCUGGCAACUUCUGCCAAUCUCUCCGAAAGGACGUAUUCGGGGAAAUCUUCAUCAGAUAUUGCGCUCUUGAGUUACAGUUGUUUUACAGUAGCCCAGAAUCUGUGCGUCGGGCGCGCGCACUGCUUUUAUAUGCGCGGACUUUUUAUCAUAUCGGAUAAAAGUGUCACUGUAGUGCAUGAUUUUAUGCGCGUGUUUUAUUGCUGAUGUGUGUUAGAAUGAACACAUGAACACUGACUCUGUGUGAUUUGGUCUCUCAGGGCGGCGCGGUCCACAGUUAUUGAACGUAGUGCGGACAUUUACACCACAGACAGGUGAUCAUCUUGGACAUUUGAGCACUUUGUUGAGAAGAACAAAGCCACAGAUGUGAAUUAAAGUGAACUGAAGAAAGAGGAAAAUACGUGUCCAAGUGCGCCGUAGUGAUGCUGCAAGUGGAAAUGAUCAUAUUCGUGGGUGUGAUUCUGUGGAUGUGUGUAUUUAGUCAAGAGCCCAGCUCAAAGGUGAUGGCUGAUCGAUAUGCUGUCUACUGGAACCGAACCAACCCCAGGUUUCACCGUGGCGACUAUCACAUCGACGUCUGUAUAAACGACUAUCUGGACGUCUACUGUCCGCACUAUGAGGACACAGUACCAGAGGAGAGGACAGAGCGGUACGUCCUCUACAUGGUCAACUAUGACGGCUACAGUACGUGUGAUCACACGGCGAAGGGGUUUAAACGGUGGGAGUGUAACCGACCCAACUCGCCCAACGGCCCGCUCAAGUUCUCGGAGAAGUUCCAGCUCUUCACUCCAUUCUCACUGGGGUUUGAGUUUCGACCGGGUCGCGAGUAUUAUUACAUAUCAUCCAUGAUCACAGACACGGGGAGAAGAUCGUGUCUCAAGCUAAAGGUUUACGUGAGACCACCAAAUGGCUGUGAGAAAACCAUAGGCGUUCAUGACCGUGUGUUUGUCGAUAAUGACAAAGUAGACAGUGCGUUAGAACCCAGAGACGACACCAGUCACGAGGCGGAACCUUCCCGAAGUGACGUGUCUAAUUCAGGAAUGCGACCUCAAGCAACUCGCCCCCUGCUGGCCGUCCUGUUGCUGUGCGUCUCUUUGUUUCUCACCUUAUAGCCCCCUAACCCACCCCUGAACCGACCCCUCUCUGAACAGCCGGGUCUGAGCACGAGCGGUCCGGCGCCGGAGAGACGAGACGGAUCUGAUAUUCACCAGGAACAAUUCGACUCCGCUGUUUUGUUUUCAAAAUAUUUAAGUGGUCCUUUGCUGUCUUUAAUUAGGAAAAGUUGAUUAGCCGUGCUUAGAAGAAACGCAGAUCACCUGUUUAACCAAUCGACUGUGACCAUGCGUGAUCAUGUCUUGACGGCCGGUCACAGGGGAUUGGCUGCUGGGAAGAGAGGGGGAGGAGUCUGAGAUUCAGAGAGUGCUUAACUUGGGUCCAUUGGGAGCGAAUCGCUCCUUGUGUUAGUAAUUAGAGCAAGUGUUCAGAAUCAAAGAACCUCCCAUGAGAAUGCUUCAUGUUGAUGGUUUAUAAGUAGGUGUCACUAAACAGACGUAAACAUCAAACCUUAAACUGUGUUCACUGGCUCAGAUCUGCUGUUAGCGAUAAGUAUACAAAGACUUCUUGCCUUUCGCCCUGUAUCUGCCUUCCCUUAACAAAUUGCAGAAUUCAUCUGAUGAAACGGUCCGGAAAGAUGAGCGGAAAGAAGAUGGUGUUUGAGUCAAUUAGUCUGAAAGUCUCUUUACGUUACGUAGAGUAGGAAUUUGGAAGUUCAGUUUGUGUUCGACUGCAAUUUGAGGGACUUGUCUUAGUAGACCACACCACAAAAAAACAACGAUUUUGUAUUUUCUAAGAUAAUCUUACUGCAACUUAAAUAUCUAUAUUUUUCCAAUGACCUUUUAUCAGUGGAUAUGAGAUAUCAAUGUAAACGGAUCACUGAAAUUCUGUUUUUGUCAUCACUGUUUGUUCGACUCUGUUAGGAACCAAAUAUAUCAAAAGGGGCUCCAUGUUUUCCCCUGUUCAUAGGGGUGGGACAAACAAACUUUUGUUUGAAUAGGCCUUAUACUGUACACAAUACUAAUAUGUCUAAGUGCUUACAAUUUAGCAUUUAAGUGGGGUGUAGUUUAAUCUGUUUAGUUCAUUAAUACAAUUGUUUGUUAUGCACAAAUAGCUGUCAAUCAAUUUUGACUUGUUUAUUAAUAUGCUGAUAUACAACACGCAUUAGCACUCGACUCGACCAUGGGCAUUCCCUAAAACUCCUUCAAAAGCCUAACAUAUGAGAGAGGAACAAAUUGGGGAAUCUGGCGAAACUGGUCAAGAAUAUUUCCAGGUCGUAUUUUAACCCCAAUGGAAGAAUGAAAGCCGGUUUUAGUGCCAUUCAAACAUUUUCUCUCAAUGCUCAUUACAUAUUAAUGAGGGGAAAUAAAACACUGGCAUGUAAAUGUGAUAUGUGUAACGUUUCGGAUGUUAAACUUUUUUUCUCAAAUAUCAUUUUAAUGUGGAUAGGCAACUAUUAAGAAUCCAUAUUUGAUUUUCUGAAGUUUUCAAAAUAUGUUUGAGCAUCCCGUCACACGUUGGUGCCUUGAUCCUGCCGCGAAAUGAACUAAUUAAUAGAAAAGGUCAUUUUUUUCUUGCAAUCACGAAAAAUAGUCACAAUUUUGAGUUUAUAUUCCAAAAUUGCCUCAUAAUAUUUCACAAUUGCUAAAAAUAAGGUUACAAAUGUGAGAUAUAGUGACAAUUUCGUGAUUUUAACGUAUAAUUCUGAGAUAUAAAAUUGCAAUUGCAAGAUAAAGUUAUCAAUAUAAGAAAGAAAGACACAAUUGCGAGAUGCAAACGUAUAAUUCUGAGAUAUAACAUUUAAGUUGCGAGAAACAAAGUCGCAAUUCUAAGAAAUAAAGACGCAAUUGGAAGACAUCAUUUUUAAAUUGCAAGAUAUAGUCACAAUUUCAUUAUUUAAACAUAAUUCUGAGAUAUAAAAUUUUAAUUGUUAGAAAAAGUCGCAAUUCUAAGAAAUAAAGACCCAAUUGUGAAAUAUUAUCUAAAAAUUAAAAUAUAUUGUCAAAAUUUCGUCAUUUAAACGUAUAAUUCUGAGAUAUAAAAUUUUAAUUGUGAGAAAAAGUAAUUCUAUGAAAUAAAGACGCAAUUGUGAGAAAUAAACUUGAAAAUGUGAGAUAAAAUAUUUACAAUUGCCAAAAUGACCUUUUUUUAUUUCAGGGCAGGAUCCGGCUUCAUUAUGACUUAGCAACACUGACACUGGGGGGGGGGGCUUCGAGAAACCUCUUUGAAAACAGUCAUUGUGCGAUAAUGUGUCACAUAAAUUAGACACUUCUCCUUUAAACUAUGAAGUAAUGGGAGCAUUUCUUCGGCAGCCUUUAAUCUGUUAAACAUUAUUACAGUAAUUAUUAAUGGAAUCACCAUUGAGAAUAAUGGAAAUUACUCAAACUCAAAAGUAAAAAAAAAAUUAUUUAUCUAAUUAAUAGAUAUUUCUCUUUUGUUUUGGGGGUGAAAUAUGACCUGGAGAUGAAAAGACUUUGAUUUGUUGUUUGCCCGGUUACAUCCCCCCACCACAUUUCCCAGUUUAAGAGCCUUAAUGAGCUUCAACGGCAGCCAAUCAGAGCUCAUGUGUUGGAGAGAAAGUAUUUGUGAUAUUAAAAUAGACGGUGAAGCGUCAGGUCAGAUUUUGC